ACAUGGCUCUCACAAAAAUCUCCUUAGUCUUUCUUCUCUGCCUCAUAGGUCUUUACUCUGAAACCGUUAAAUCUCAGAACUGCGGCUGCUCAGCAAAUCUUUGUUGCAGUCAGUACGGUUACUGCGGUACCACAGAUGCUUAUUGCGGUACGGGAUGCCGAUCAGGUCCCUGUAGAGGUAGUGGAACCCCUACUGGUGGUGGAUCGGUCGGUAGCAUUGUGACACAAAAUUUCUUCAACGGCAUUAUCAACCAAGCCAGUAAUGGCUGCGCCGGAAAACGAUUCUACACCCGCAGCUCUUUCAUCGACGCUGCUAAUACUUUCCCUAGCUUUGCUAAUUCCGUUACUAGACGUGAAAUUGCUACCAUGUUUGCUCACUUCACCCAUGAGACCGGACAUUUCUGCUACAUAGAGGAAAUUAACGGAGCGUCACGUGACUACUGCGACGAGAACAACAGGCAAUACCCAUGUGCACCGGGCAAAGGCUACUACGGUCGUGGUCCCAUCCAGCUAUCUUGGAACUACAACUACGGACCAUGUGGUCAGAGUCUCAAUCUUAACCUUCUACGCCAACCCGAGCUGGUGGGUAGCAACCCAACUGUGGCUUUCAGGACGGGUUUGUGGUUUUGGAUGAAUAGCGUAAGGCCAGUUCUGAGCCAAGGAUUUGGAGCCACCAUUAGAGCCAUCAAUGGAAUGGAAUGUAACGGCAGGAAUCCAGAUGCAGUCAACGCGAGGAUUAGAUACUAUAGAGACUAUUGUAGGCAGCUUGGUGUAAACCCUGGUCCUAACAUUAGCUGCUAAAAAUGUAUCACAACAUAUACUAACCACCUGUGAUGUGGGAAAUAAGAUGAAAUAAAGUUAUAUCUCACGUAUGUGUGUUUUGUUUUGA